CCGACCAGGACGAGUCCUUCCUCUGUUCUCCAGGAGCUGCUGAAGUCAACAGGUGUGAAUCGGACGACUGACAUCUUCUGCUUUUCUCAUCAGCCUUCAUCUGACCUCCUCCUGUCCAGACUACGACCAUGGACGCAGCUGCAGUGGUGACUCUUCUGGCUCUGCUGGUGGCGAUGGCUGGCGUCAGUCGGGCUCUUCACAUCCAGGGAGGUGUGGACCAGAAUGACAUCCUGCCGGGCAGCUCAGAGGAGAACAUGGUCGACCGCUUGUUGGGGCUGGAGAGUGAAAACACAGAUAGCAGAGUUGACGAUCGCCUGCUGACCUCAGUGCUCAGAGCUCUGCUGCUCGGAUCUCAGAGAGAAACCAGGAACUCAGUCCUGCAUCAGCCACAGAGGUUUGGCCGUGAUUCCAGAGGGCAGGUGGUGAUGGACGACCAAAUACACACUCGCAACUGGGACGCCGCAGCCCCCAAUCAGAUCUGGAGUAUGGCCGUCCCCCAGAGAUUUGGCAAGAAGUAAUCUCCCGGUCAGAUCUGCACAUCACCGUCCUGGUACGAGGCAGAGAGACGGGCAAAUGUGGAUUGACUAAAUUUGAAUGAAUGAAUCUGAUUUCAAUUACAAACUCUCCAUAGUUUCCGACAUGGUCCCCAUUAGGCCUGACAUCACACCCGGCGCCCACUCAAAUUGACGGGAGCUUUAUUCGUAAAGUUUUCUUUUCUUUUGAUUUCCGACACUUCAACGCAUGUUAACUAUAGUGCCUAUUAAAGUUCUGUGAGCAGACCUUAUUAUUCCUAACCUGAA